ACGUGUUGUAAUUGCAAUUGCAAGUGUAACUGUUCAAAACCACGGCGAAACAGUAGCCAAGAUGGACAAAAAGUCCUUUGAGACCGUGCUGGAUGAAAUUAGAAAGGCUGUUUUGACAGAAUAUAAAUUAAAAGCAAUUGAAUAUGUGCAUGGAUACUUCUCUAGUGAACAGGUAGUUGAUUUACUGAGAUAUUUUUCCUGGGCUGAGCCUCAGUUGAAAGCAAUGAAAGCAUUACAGCAUAAAAUGGUGGCUGUUCACCCAACAGAAGUGGUUAAUAUACUCAACUGCUUCACCUUCAGUAAAGACAAGCUAGUUGCUCUUGAACUGUUAGCUUCAAACAUUGUGGAUGCACAGAAUUCUCGUCCCAUUGAAGAUUUGUUUAGGAUAAACAUGUCUGAGAAGAAGCGAUGCAAGAGAGUGCUUGAGCAGGCUUUUAAAGGGGGCUGCAAAGCUCCUCAUGCUAUGAUAUCUUCUUGUGGAACGAUCCCAGGAAACCCAUAUCCCAAAGGAAAACCCAGUCGUAUAAAUGGAAUUUUCCCAGGAACCCCUUUGAAAAAAGAUGGUGAAGAAUGUACCAAUGAAGGCAAAGGAAUAGCUGCACGGAUUCUUGGACCAUCCAGACCACCUCCUUCAACAUACAAUCCACAUAAACCUGUUCCUUACCCAAUACCUCCAUGCCGGCCCCAUGCAACUAUUGCACCAAGUGCUUAUAACAAUGCAGGUUUGGUACCAUUAGCCAAUGUCAUAGCUCCAGGUGUACCCCCUCCACCUCCAUAUACUCCAAAUCCAGGAGGAACAGAAAAUGAAGACCUUUCCAAUCAGUCAAAACCUACACAGAAUCAAACAUUUUCCAACCCAGCAAGUCAGCUCUUUUCUCCUCAUGGUUCUAAUCCUUCAACACCUGCUGCAACUCCCAUCCCUACUGCAUCCCCAGUCAAAGCUGUAAAUCAUCCAUCAGCAUCAGCAGCUGCCACUGUUUCUGGACUGAACAUGUCGAGCGCUGUCCUUCCUGUGUUCCCAGGCCAGGUCUCCUCAGCCGUUCAUGUGCCUCAGCCGUCAACACCAAACCCGACAGUGAUCAGGACCCUUUCCUUGCCUGCUACACCCGCUGCUUCUGUCCACAGUACCACGUCCACUCCCAUUCCUUCCAUUUUUUCUGGCCUAGUGUCACUGCCAGGGCCUUCUGCUGCUCCUACCCCAGCCGCUCAGGCCACAUCUACACCUCGGGCCACUCUCACUUCAACUGAAACGUUUGCUUCCACUUCUCCUUUCACUAGUCUCUCCUUUUCUGCCAGCUCUACUGCUGUUUCUACCAACAACCCAAAUUCUGCUUCACUGUCAUCGGUUUUUGCAGGUCUUCCUUUGCCCUUAACACCAACAUCCCAAGGUAUAGCCAACCCAACUCCUUCUGUCAUUGCCAGUGGUUCUGCUCCCAGUGCUGCUGGCCCACUUGGUGUGAAUAAUCCUCUUCUGUCUGCUUUAAAAGGCUUUUUGACAUCAAAUGACACCAAUUUAAUCAAUUCCUCUGCUUUGUCAUCUGCUGUCACAAGUGGGCUGGCUUCAUUAUCUUCUCUUACUAAUCAAAACUCAGAUUCCCCUACUUCUCUCCCUAACAAGAGCUAUGCCCCAUCAGUUGUUCCCACUUCACAGAGGUCAUCCACUCCAGGGCUAGUCAUGUUCCCAGGCCUGACUACUCCUGCAGCUAACUCCACCUCCACUGCCCUGACACUGCCUGCACAGGCCCCACUAGCUGCUCCUGCUGCAUCCUCAGCAGCAGUACCAGUGAACUGUGGCUCCUCUGCUGUCCUCCUGCAUGGCACCCAUCCCAGCCCCUCAGACCUGCAUAUUUCAUCCACCCCCGCAGUAACGACUCUUCCGGUUAUGAUCAAAACUGAGCCCACGAGUCCUACUCCCUCAGCCUUCAAAGGCCCAUCUCAUUCUGUGAAUCCCCCUCAUGGCACUUUAAGUUUAUCGGGGACACUGGGUCGUGCAUACACUUCAACCUCAGUGCCCAUCAGUUUGUCUACUUGCCUUAAUCCUGCGUUGUCAGGGCUGUCCAAUUUGAGUGCUCCCUUAAAUAGUUCCAAUCCCCUUUCAUCUGUUUCCCUCCCGCCACAUGCUUCCUCUGCUCCCAUCGCUCCUGUGUUCACGGCUCUUCCUCCUUUUACAUCUUUGACCAGUAGUUUUCCUUUACCCGGCAACCCAUCUCUUAAUCCAUCAGUGUCUCUUGCAGGGUCAUUAAUAGCCACCUCAUCCUCCACCACCACCUCCACAGCCAUGCCUCAUCCUAGCUCCACAGCAUCUGUUCUCUCAGGGCUCUCUGUCUCAGCACCCUCCUCAGCAGCACCUUUCUCCCUCAACCUGUCUACUGCUGUCCCUUCCCUUUUUUCAGUCACCCAAGGGCCUCUGCCCUCUUCCAAUCCCUCCUACCCUGGCUUUUCUGUCUCUAAUACCCCGAGCGUUACCCCUGCUCUCCCUUCCUUCCCGGGGCUACAGGCGCCCUCCACAGUCACUGCUGUUACACCACUGCCUGUGGCCGCCACAGCCCCAUCACCGGCUCCAGUCCUCCCAGGAUUCGCUUCAGCAUUCAGUUCAAAUUUCAACUCUGCUCUUGUUGCACAAGCCAGUUUAUCAUCUGGACUUCAAGCUGCAGGCAGUUCUGUUUUUCCAGGCCUUCUAUCCCUCCCAGGUAUCCCUGGGUUUUCCCAGAAUCCUUCACAGUCAUCCUUGCAAGAAUUACAGCAUAAUGCAGCUGCACAGUCAGCAUUGCUACAGCAGGUCCAUUCAGCUUCUGCUCUGGAAAGCUACCCAGCUCAGCCUGAUGGGUUUCCUAGUUACCCUUCCACACCAGGAACACCAUUUUCCUUGCAACCAGGCUUGUCCCAAAGUGGGUGGCAAUGAAUUUUUUUUUUUUAAAUUCUUGGGAGCAACAUGAGAUUUGCCUAAGAACUGCAGUGAACAAUCUGACAAAUGGGCCAAAAGUCAGAAAAUGAAAAUGAAGAUAAUCCUAGGGAACUUGUGACAAGAGUUUGAAAUGCCGGUUGCAUUUUUUAAAAUAAUGGGUUUUUAAGUAUGAUUACUCCCCAUUCCCUUAUAUAAAUAUGCUGACAAUAAAUUGUAUGAAGAAUAGUAUUUAAAAACUACUUGGGGACUUUUCACCUUCCAUCCCACAAAAUUUUGAAUCAUGUAUGUUAUCUAUGUAGAAAGAAUAUUAAAGAGGAGACAGAACUCUUUAUAGCCAAAUACAGCCUUAAAUCUGCUUGUACAGCAUCCAUGACAGAAGUAAUAGUUGUGCCUCAGACUGAUGGGUUGCAUGUAGCGCUGAGGGAGUUACUGCCUUGGCACACAUGAGUGGUUCUUACUCACAUCAGCUGGAACACAGUGCUCUGUAUGUAUCCACAAAAGGGGAC